CGUAGCACCGAGUUUCAUGAAAAAUCCAAGGCUUCACACCACUAUUUAAUACUAUACGUCUAUGAUGGGUACAAUCAUAAUGAGCAAAAUUCCACUAAUUCACACCACAUCUAUAAAUUGAAAUCUGCUUUUUGUCAACCUCUUAUUAAUCCUAUGUCCAUGUUGGCAAUAUAAAUACCCAGCACCACACUUUGUCUGUUAGAGAGAGAAAGAAAAAGAGGUAGCUAUGGGAAACGCUAUGGCGAGGAGUAAAAGAGCUAAGGUGAUGAAGAUAGACGGAGAGACCUUCAAGCUGAAGACACCGGCUGUAGCCAACGACGUCGUUAAGGACUAUCCCGGUCACGUUCUACUUGAUUCUGAGUCGGUGAAAAAGUUUGGGCUUCGGGCCAAGCCACUUGAGGCCCACUAUGAGCUGAAGCCCAACAAAGUUUACUUCCUUGUUGAGUUACCCAAGCCUCAGCAACAAGCUGAGAAGAAGCCACCACUUCCUCGGAGGGCGCGAUCCAGUGGCAUCAUACGUGGCAUGAACGCUCAGGAGAGGCUCGAUUUCUUGAUGCUCUCUAAACGCUCCGUUUCGGACCUUGCACUCGUUAAGAAUUCCCCUCCCGUUAUUGGUGGGCCAGGCCCAAAUAAUGGUGGGCCCAUGAGGGUCAAGAUGAGGCUCCCUAGGGCCCAAUUAGAUAUGUUGAUGGAGGAGAGUGGCGACGGCGGCGAGGUGGCGGAGAAGAUCAUGAGCUUGUAUAUAGGGAACAAUGCUGCUGCUGGCGGAGGAGGAGGAGAGGCGGCGGAGGCCGAGGGUGGGGUGGCUGGCGGCAAUAGAGAGGUCAACUAUCAUCAUCAUAAGGCUCGAGGGAAACGAGUGAGUUUCAGACCAGUGGAACAAGGAGAAAUUCGUGUGGAGGCAGCAGCCCCUCCUUCCUCAUAGUCAUUCAUGUGGAAGCAAUCCUAGCAAGAUAGCCACAACCACAACCUUUUAACUCUCUUUUUGAAGCUAGUUAAUUUUUGUAAUAUAAUCUGUAGACUCUCGUAGUCUGGUAUGUAUAUUGAAAUAGACAUAGACAUGUCUAUAAAUUCAUACAUUUUUAGUGCUCAGAUAAGAUUAAGCAGAUACAAAUGUUAUCUCAAAUUAUUUUUUCCCCCCUUAAGAAAAUAGGUUCAUAUGUCACUGUGGACAUAAAACUAUAAAGAUGAGACAUUCAACAAGGAGCAAUUGGUGUCUAGCAUGACCACUCAAAUCAAUCAACUUUUGAAAUGUGUAAUAGCAUCCAUCACAAUUCACAGACAUGAAGUAUUUCAAAUGUCAAA